AACGAUUCAAUUUCAUUUCUAAAAUGUUGUACAUCAAAUUAAAAUUGCCUUGGGUUUUUGUGAUAAUGCUUUUCUUCUCUCAUUUUAUCAUAGGAAUCUGGAGCACUGAAACAGCUAAACGCCAACGAGACGAUUUAUUGCGGGAAGGCUUAGAAAUACUAACAAAUUUGGAUGAGAUUAAAAACACUUUGCCAAAUUUAUUACAGAUAGCACCCAGAAUAUGUCCCAUAUUACAAAUUUUGAUUUCACUAUUUGAGACGAUUUUGCCUAUACUAAAAAAUCACUACGCAUUAAUAAAACCUACCUGCCCGGUAAUUAAAGGUCUUGACGUUGUCUCUAAUGGUAGUUAAAAUAUUUAUUAUGAUGUACUAAGGAUAUUCGUGUUAGCAAAAGCAAUCAAAUUAAAUUAUUAAAUUUUUUUACAAUGCGAAUUAUGAUUUUAAUGUAUGAUU